ACUACAAUAAUAUUUUUGUAAAACCCAAAACUUUUUUCCUUUCACCAUUAGGUUUCUCUUUUCUUCUACUCUCAAGUUGUCACACCCACCAUGGAUUCCGGCGAACCACUGCACGUCCUCUUCUUCCCCUUCUUAGCACGCAGCCACAUGAUCCCAAUGCUUGAAACUGCCCGUCUCUUCUCCGACAACGGCAUCAAGACCUCCAUCGUCACCACCCCGGCCAACGCCGACCUCAUCAAACCUCUACUUCACCACCAUCCCUCCAUCUCCCUCCAUCUCAUCCCCUUCCCUUCCACCACCUUCAACCUCCCUUCCGGCUGCGAAAACCUCACCGUCCUCCCUCUCCACCUCGCCAACAACUUCUUCUCCGCCGUCUUCUCCCUCCGUGACCCUCUCUCCCACCUUCUCUCCUCUCUCCACCCAGACGCCAUCAUCUCCGACGCUCUCUACACUUGGACAACUGAACUCGCCGGCGAGUUUCACAUCCCUCGGGUUAUUUUCCAGGUCACCGGUCUUUUCCCUCUCUCCGCCGCCAAUGAUCUCGACCUCCACCGCCCGUACAACUCCAUCUCCAACGACUCUGAGCUUUUCUCGAUCCCCGGCUUUCCCCACACCGUCCACUUGACCCGUUCUCAACUCCCGGAAGUCUUCAGCUUCCCUCCCAUGCUCGGCUGGCUCCGAGAAGCCGAGCUUUCCAGCCAUGCAGUCAUCGUCAACUCUUUCUCCGCUCUUGAGCCUGACUACGCCGUUCACUACUCCAACGUCGCUCCACGUGAAGUCUUCCUCCUUGGCCCCGUCGCCAUCGCCGGCCAGCCGGAGAAGAAGGAGAAGAAAGCAGAGCCAUGCUUGGAAUGGUUAGACGAGAAGGAUGAUGGUUCAGUGGUGUACGUUGGAUUCGGGACGUUGAGCCGGUUCACGGCGGAGCAGAUAAAGGAACUUGCUUUCGGGUUGGAGAACUCCGGCGAAGGGUUUGUUUGGGCGGUCGGGUCCGGCGAGGUGGUGGAAUGGAUUCCGGAGGGGUUUGAGAAGAGAGUUCAGGGACGAGGAUUGGUGCUGAAAGGGUGGGUACCGCAAACGGAGAUCUUGAAUCACCGUGCUAUCGGUGGGUUUGUUUGUCACUGUGGAUGGAACUCGGUCAUGGAGGCGGUGGUCGCCGGCGUGCCGGUGAUCACUUGGCCGUUGCAUUCUGAGCAGUUUGUGAUUGAGAAGUGGAUUUGUGAAGUGGUGAAGAUGGGGAUUCCGGCGUGGGAAGGGUUUAAGAGUGUGAAGGAUGAGGAGAAGGUGGUGUUUCCGGCGACGGCGGUGGCGGCGGCGGUCAAGAAGUUGAUGGGUUCCGGCGAGGAGGUGGUGGAGAUAAGGAAGAGGGUGGCGGAGCUUGCGAAGCUUGCAAGCAUUGCAGUGGCAGAGGGGGGCACGUCGAAGGAGGAUCUCAGCCGUUUGAUUGAUGGGCUUGUUGCAUGGCGUGAUAACCGCCGUCCGAUCAAAUAGAGAUGUUUAUUUGUGUUAGGGACGUUGGCCACUUGGCCUCCUAUUUAUCGAAUUAAAUAAAAUCCAUUGAGGAUUAUUUCUUUUAUGGUAA